UAUCCAUCUCCACUUGGAUUAAAAUCUCCAGCAAUUAACUCAAUGGCCACAAUGCCAAAUUAUUACAAGUAAUUGCACAUGCUGUACGUGUUGGAGAACAUUGACUUCCUUAUACAAGUCAGAUCCAAAAAAUUUCCCAAUUUUCAGUCAACAGAAAUAAAGUAUUUCAGCUGUAGGUGGGAAGUAUGGGCUGCAGCCCCUCUCGAGUGAACCCUCAAGGAAAUGAGGCCAUGACUCCGCGACCCAUGCCCGCAGACAAGAAGGCUAAUGGACAUGCCAAGAAUGGACAAGUGAAAAAGAUGAAGAUGGACUCCAAUGCUAAUCAGAAGGAUGUGAAUACUAAUAAUCCAGUUCCCAAAGCUGUGGCAUUUCAAGUGACCCUGGAUGGAGAGCAGACAGAAAGCCUUAUAUCAAAACAUCCACCUAUAAAACUCAAGAGACUAGCUCCCCUUAAUGUUCCUACUCUGUCAGCUGAAGAAUUGCUAGAAAAACAGAAAAUAGCCGAUGAAAAAAGAGAAAAGGAGCUGCAGAGGAAAAGAAGUGCCUCCAAGAAAUCUUCUCGCAGGCGACGAGAGCUGUUACAGGCAAAAGAAUUCGUGGAGAAACAGCAGAUGGAAAAGGAAAAAAACAAAAUUGAUACAUCCAUGAAGACAGCAGAGAUGUUAAGAGAAGCAAAGUUACAAGAAGUAAGAGAGAGACAGCGACUUCGGGAGGAGCGGGCUCGCCGGGCUAGGGAGAGGCAUAAGAAGAUGGCCAAUGCAGAACAAGAGGAUAUAGGGACAAUGGAAGUGGAAAGGGAUGGCCAUUUUAAUGCAGAUGAUAAUGAUUCUUGGCUAGAUGAUGGAAAAGAUGGUUCUGAGGAAGACUUUGUAUCAGGAACAGGGGAGAGAAUUUAUUCAGGCAAUGUUGGACCCGAGGAAAGCCGAACAGGCACAAACAGCACAGGAAAGUCAAACCAUGAUGCUGAUUUGUCUCGCAAACCACCAAGUGCUUCAUCACACCUAGCUAACGGAAAACAAGACGAUUUCUUUGACUCUUGACAAAAAAUAGUUUAUAACUUAGAUCUUUAUUAGUUUUACACUUAAGAAAAAAAAUUGAUGCUAAGUUUUAAGUUUGUUAAUUUUAAACCAUUUUGAUGCAAAUGUCAGUAAAACAAAAUUACUCAAAAUGGCUGUUAUUUAGGUAAUUCAUAUAGAGUAGAUGUAUUUAAAUCCCAAACUUGUAUUUUAUUCCAGACUCACUGAUAUGUUGAAUUUUUUUCAAUAAUUUUGUUUAUUUAUUACCUCUUGCAAUUUUAUUACUUUCAAAUGAAUCCCAUAACAAUU